UCAGUCUUAGAAUCAAUUUAGGCGGCUGGUAAGAGGACGAGAGAGAGAGAGUGGAAAAUGGCGUGGUCGCCGUCGCCGUCGCCGUUCAAGGAUGAUAUAGUGAAAGGGAAAGUGGCACUGGUGACGGGAGGUGGUUCUGGAAUUGGCUUAGAGAUCUCCAAGCAGUUAGGCAAACAUGGAGCCUCCGUCGUCAUCAUGGGCCGUCGCAACCAUGUUCUCGACGCCGCCGUCUCCACUCUCCGAUCCCUAUCUAUUCCCGCUAUUGGGUUCGAGGGGGAUGUUCGCAAACAAGAAGAUGCAAAGAGAGUUGUGGAGUCAACUGUUAAACAUUUUGGCAGGCUUGACAUUCUGGUUAAUGCUGCAGCUGGCAAUUUUCUUGUUUCAUCUGAGGAUCUAUCUUCUAAUGGGUUUCGGACAGUUAUGGAUAUUGAUUCUGUUGGAACAUUCACAAUGUGCCGUGAAGCCCUUAAGUAUCUUAAGAAAGGAGGGCCAGGAAGGUACUCAUCUGGUGGUGGAACAAUCGUUAACAUCAGUGCUACUCUGCAUUAUACUGCAUCUUGGUAUCAAAUCCAUGUGUCUGCAGCCAAGGCAGCUGUUGAUGCCAUAACCAGGAACUUGGCACUAGAGUGGGGCGCGGACUAUGAUAUCAGAGUCAAUGGAAUUGCACCAGGGCCCAUAGCUGAUACUCCUGGAAUGGGCAAACUUGCUCCUGAGGAGAUAGAUAGCAAAGCCAGAGACUACAUGCCCCUAUAUAAACUCGGGGAGAAAUGGGAUAUUGCGAUGGCUGCCCUCUACCUCGCUUCUGAUGCUGGUAAAUUCAUAAAUGGGACGAUACUCGUGGUGGAUGGAGGGCUGUGGCUGAGUCAGCCGCGCCAUCUACCGAAAGAGCAAGUGAAGCAGCUUUCCCGCACCGUGGAAAAGAGAUCCAGAGGUGAAUCUGCUCUUGUUGGCGUUCCAAAAGCCAAGCUAUGACCAACCACUCUUCUAACCUAUAAUAAUUCUAUCAAAUCGCUUAUAUUUUUAUGUUCCUCACAAAUAUUUCAAUGCCCCAACUUAAUUCUAUAUUCACCCAUUUCUCUAUCCAUUAGAUGAAUGGAUUAUGGUGAAACAAUGGAUUAACUAUAUUAUUAUGUUCAACUGUUGGUCGUUGGCCAUAUGGAGAAACACCAUAUAUAUUUCUCUCAA